GACCCGAAGGUGUCCACAGUUCGCAUGUCUGACGUAUAGGUUGUUCUUAAGCAGUACCCACCGUCAAAUAAACAGUCUUACCUGGCCUACAGCACACAGUCAGCAGACGAGAAUGUGGUGUCUGGUAGGCGCCAUCUUGGUUACGUUUGUCCGGGCUCAGGAGAUACCAGUCUCUACACCCGGCCCCAAGUCUGAAGUGGUUACAUAUGGCGACACAUAUAUCGUGGGUGUACCGCAGUGUAUCCGGCCGGGCCUAUCCACGGAUGUGUACGUGGAUAUCGUGAGACGGGUGGGGCCAUGCACCGUGCUGGUGGAGUUGUACAACCGCACGACGGGCAUUGUGUACGCUUCCUCUCAGGAUAUCGUUCAUCCAGGUAACCCACAGCAGAUUACCCUUCAGAUUCCAAAAGACAUACCGAUCCCGCAAUGGUACUACAGGGACUACUAUAUCCGUGUCUCCGGAAAUGCAGAAAGUGUCAGCUUUAAGAACGAAACCAGUGUCAGACUGAAUAACCAAAACGUGACUGGGUUUGUACAAACUGACAAGGCCAUAUACAAACCCGGACAAACAGUUCACUACAGGGUUUUCUUUCUAUUACCGGAUCUGAAAAUCAACAAAGCGCCGUACAAUAUCGAGAUUAGGGAUGGUAAAGGAAACAAGAUCCGGGAUGAGAAGGACGUAUCCGAUCCCACUGGCCUUGUUCGGGGCAGCCUCCUUCUGUCUGAGGAGCCCGUGUUCGGUCAGUGGAGAAUCACAGUCUACUCUGCGGCUGCCCAGGUUUCAAAGAGCUUCGAAGUUAGAGAAUAUGUAUUACCCAGGAUCGAAGUGACAGUAACUCCUCCCUCAUUCAUUUACUUGAACCAAUCAACAGUUGACGUUGACAUCGGUGCCAAGUACACGUUUGGGGAGGACGCCAGAGGCACAUUACUUGUUACAGCGAAGAUUGUUCCGUGGUGGAGUCGGAACAAGGGAGACGUUCAACCCACUCUAAAGAAGACUAUACCCAACUUCGUGGGCAGUGGAAGAGUGAGUUUCCUGAUGGAAGACGUGCUAACAUUGCAUCAGUAUGCAAGAUAUUACACCUUGAAUGUGGAGGCCAACCUAACUGAGACGUUGACAGGCGUCGUGGCCUCGGGUACCGGUCAGGCAAGGAUCUACGAGGUGGCCGAAAAAGUGGAGUACCUUCCCACCAAUCCCAACACUUUCAAACCCACCCUUAGCUACACUGCAUAUGUAAAACUUAGCCAACAAGACGGGACUGCCAUUGUCGGCACUCCGGACAGUCUGAAGGUACGGGUACAAUACUCUUACCCUAUACGUGUGCCCCAAAUCACCUCCACCCGAAGUGUCAUCAGAGUUACAAAACCGCCUCCGGCCAGUAACAGCUCUGAUCUGGAACCGUCUCCCAUCAUGGUGGACGAGGAUUGGUGGUACCCGAGAUACGAAAGAAAGAAUCUAACCACUCUGGAGUUGACAGUUCCUGCUGACGGCAUUGUGGAGAUAGACAUACCGUCAAUACCCGACAAGGCGGAGAGUAUAACGCUUAUCUCGACCUAUAAAGGCAAGGACUAUUGGUUUAGCGCCGACAGGGCCUACUCGCCAAGCAACAGCUUCAUACAACUGGCCGUUGUCAAGGAGCUACGCCAGCCUGGAGAAAGACAAAAACUGCGCUUGAAGUCAAACGUGCCGAUAGAUUCGUUCAGUUUGUUGAUUACUUCAAGGGGUCGUGUUGUUAUGACCCGGGAGGAAACCAGGGUAAACAAGGCCACAGAGUUGGGAAUUUCCUUCACGAUCACCCGUUCGAUGGCCCCUCGUGCCAGGGUCGUGGCUUAUUACAGGACGCCCGAUGGGGAAAUCGUGCCCGAUGUGGUCACCUUUAAUGUUCUCGAUCCGUUCGAAAACAAGGUCUCUAUAGGUUUUAGUGCGGAGGAAGUCAGACCUGGUGAAGAUGUCACGAUGACGGUGCUGACAGCUCCCAACUCAUUGGUUGCCACGCUGGUUUUGGACAAGGAAGUUCUUUUGCUCAAGUCCGGAAAUGACAUAACACAAGAGCAGGUGACGAAUAGCUUGUGGAAGUAUGAAUCGUGUGGUUAUUAUGGGUGGUGGUGGCGUGGUGGGAUUAUAGCCAGACGGCGCAGGAAGAGGUCUUUCAUACCGUGGCGCUAUCCAUACUUCGGCAGUGGAAGGGACGCAAACGCUGUGUUUUCGGAAGCUGGUCUGACAAUCUUGACUGACAGCUUGUUAUACUCUCACACUUACAGCAACAAUAGAUGGGUCCUGGAAAAAACCGCAGCCCCUGAACUUGCCUUUGGCGGAACUGAUAAUUUGCAGCCAGUUGAAACAAUCAGGAAAAACUUUCCAGAGACAUGGCUUUUUGAUGUGGAGGUAUCCAACGAAAAUGGAGUAGUGAAUAUCGACACAAUAGCUCCGGACAGCAUCACCUCCUGGCAGGCCACAGCCUUCGCCUUUAACGAUCUGUCAGGAUUCGGGAUUUCCACACAACCAGCCAAGCUGACCGUGGUCAAGCCGUUCUUUGCUAACCUUUUCAUGCCAUACUCUGUGAUUCGCGGGGAAGAACUAUUCUUGCAAGUCAAUGUUUUCAACUAUAUGAGUGUCAAUCAGACGGUUGUGGUAGAGCUCCAAGGCUCUACCAGCUAUUCGUCCUUGGAUAUUGAUGACUCUGGUAACGAGAUCUUAGUUUCUGGUGCGAGAACACAGACACUGACUGUACCAAGCGGGAUCCCUAAGUCCGUGGUGUUCCCUAUCAGAACGCUUGAACUCGGUGACAUCCCCAUCACGGUGACGGCCAGGUCGAGCAUCGCUUCAGACGGACUCACCAAGACCCUUCGUGUUAUCCCGGAAGGUGUACCGUCUGAGUACAACUUCGUGGAGUUGGUGAAUCUAACAGCCUCUAGCCAAUAUCAGGUGACGAGAACUCUCAGCUACCCACCAGGGUUGGUGGACGGAUCACAGAGACUCGGCGUCAAACUUGUCGGCGAUGUACUGGGUAGUACCGUUGCCAAUCUAGCUGGCCUAGUACGCAUGUCUUAUGGAUGCGGAGAGCAGAAUAUGGUGAAUUUUGCACCCACCGUUGCUGUGGCCAAGUACCUAGAAUCUGUGGGCCAGUUGACGGGGGAAAAAAAGGAAGACGCAAUCAACUACAUAUCUAGUGGUUAUCAGAGACAGCUGAAUUACAAGAGGCAGGAUGGUUCGUACAGCGCAUUCGGUGACCGGGAUGCAAGCGGCAGUCUUUGGCUCACUGCGUUUGUUGCCAAAUCCUUCGUGACUGCAUCACAGGAGGGUUUUCUAACGGUGGACGAGAAAGCUCUGACAGCAGCGUUUAAUUACAUCAUAAAGCGACAGAACAAGGACGGUUCCUUCAACAAUACAGGCAAACUACACAACAGAAGACUUCAGGGUCAAUCGGGACGAGGAAAUGCUUUGACAGCAUAUGUCCUUUCCGCACUUUUGGAAAGCAACAUUGACGACGCUUCCCUUAACACCGCUAAGUCCAAGGCUCAAAGCUUUGUGGAGAAUUAUGUCCUCACGUCCACUGAUCUGUACGAGCUAGCAAUAGCUGCUUACGCAUUGGAAUUGGCCAAAAGUCCACAGGCGGCCAGCGUCCUCGCAAACCUGGAGUCUAGAGCUACCAAGAAAGACGGCUACACGUAUUGGGAGGUGGAAGCUGAACCCGUGUACAGAUGGGAGCCGCCGAGACACCAGACAAAGGCAGCCAGCAUCGAAGCCACAAGUUACGUGUGUCUGGUGUAUGCGCUGAAGAAAGACAUUAGCAAGAGCUCCCAGUGUCUGGCCUGGCUCGUCAGUCAGCAGAACGAUUAUGGCGGAUAUGUCUCCACUCAGGAUACCGUGGUGGCCGUUCAAGCCCUCAGUGCUAUUGCACCAUUCUUCUACUCCAGCACCCAGAGCGGCUCUAUCACGGUGGAAGCCGAUGGGUCUUCUGUUUCCUUCACUGUGAACGACGCCAACAGACUAGAUUUACAACAGGCUACUUUACCAGUCAGCGCAAACAGCGUUACUGUUCGAGGAAGUGGAAGUGGCGUUUUCUUGGUUUCUAUUUCAGCUAAGUACAACAUCGACGAUGGCUUAGUUCAGCCAGCCUUCUCUCUCACAGCAACACUCACCAGGGACACUCCCACAGCCAUGGACCUGACUGUUUGCGCCAGAUAUCUUCGUGGCAAAGCCAGUAGCAUGGCAAACAUUGAGAUACGUCUACCAUCAGACUUCACCCUGACUGGAGAAAGUAAGGAUGAGCUUUUGACAACUGCCAAGCGAGUGGAUUUCUUGGACGGCAAAGUUCUCCUAUAUUUAGACGAGAUUACAGACAGGAGCCUUUGUGUCUCACUAACAGCCACAGGGAAUGGGAACAUCAACAAACCGAAACCCUGUCCAGUGAGGGUGUUUGACUAUUACAGCCCAGACGACUCCGCCCUGGCGUUCUAUCGGCUGACUUCACUGGAUGGAGAUUUCUGUGACGUAGCAGCCUGCACAAGCGACCCUGCCGGCUGCUCAACACACUGCUCGAAACGAAGAAGGAAAUAAAGUGGUUGGCAAGAUGGAAGAAUGACCGACAUUUUCUGCCUUGAAAAUACAGCUCCCUACGACACUGCUCAAAGCAAUCUUUUUUCUUCUCUCUAUACGAUUUCACUUUUUAUCGCUUUCUGGAAGUGGAUUUUCCAUGCCUACGUGUAUGUCUCAAGUAGGAAUGUUUGACUAAAUAAAUACAAGAACUGAACUCAUUA